UUUAGGAUAGGAAGGAAGGUCCUUCAUGUAUCUGUCUCGUUUUUCAGUUUGAGAGACUCUCUCUCUCUCUCUCUCGCGCUCUCUCUCUCUCUCGCGCUCUCGCUCUCUCUCUCUCUCUCUCUCUCUCUCUCUCCUUCUCCAGUUCCAGUGCUUCAGCCCAGCUCCUCACGUAGCACGGGGGGCCAAAGAGAGUUUAAAGGAAACAAGACCCUACUUAGGAAAAUAACCUCCUCCGCUGCUGGGAGAGAACCACAAACACCAAAGGAAGGAGAAGGACGAGGAACAGCAGGCAGGGAGCAUCUGCUCUUGCAUCUGUGAAGCUAUGUGUCCCGUCUUUCUGGCCAAGUGAGCCAUUGAGGGCAAGUUGGCAUCAGUCCUUCAGCUGCAGGUGGCCUUUUUCAGUCUGUCUGCACUCGUAGCCAUGAGGCUGAGCAGUCUCCAAUGGGGGCUGGCGCUGCUGCUGGCAAUGGUUGGCCCAGUGACUUCUGGAAGCGGGAACAGCCAGAAGCGAGGACCAGGAGAACGGCGGAAGAAGUUGCACCGCGUGCAGCAUGGACAGUGCAGCUACACCUUCAUCCUGCCCGAGAUGGACAGCUGCAAGGGUGGGUCGGUUCAUUACGGAGGCAGCAACGUGGUCCAAAGAGAUGCGGCGCCAGGAGAGGGCGAGUGGUCAGUUCACAGGCUUCAACAUCUGGAGACGGCCAUGGAGAACAACACCCAGUGGCUUCAGAAGCUGGAGAACUACAUCCAGGAGAACAUAAAGUCUGAGAUGGUGCAUUUCAAAGCUAAUGCCGUCCACAACCAGACAGCCACUAUGCUGGAGAUCGGCACCAAUCUGCUCACUCAAACUGCCGAGCAAACUAGGAAGCUCAAUGUAGUUGAGGCCAAGGUAAUGAACCAGACGUCAAGACUGGAGAUUCAGCUGUUGGAGCACUCUUUAUCUACCAACAAACUGGAGAAGGAGCUUCUCAUGCAAACGUCAGAGAUUUCAAGACUUCGGGAUAAGAACAGCCGUCUGGAGAGUAAAGUGCUGGUGCUGGAGACGCAGCAGCGGACGGAGCUGGAGGACAUGAAGGAGGAGAAGGAGAGGCUGAGGGAUCUGGUGGGGAGACAGACGGCCGCCAUCACGGCUCUGGAGAGGCAGUUACGCGCAGCCAGCAGCAACAACUCGGCCUUGCAGAGGCAACAGCAGCAGCUGAUGAAGUCUGUUCACGCGCUCCUCAGCCUGGUGUCUCCCGGGACAGUGUCCGACUCCAUGCCAAGCGAAAGGAGGUUUCGAGACUGUGCUGACAUCUACAAAUCUGGUCAAAACAGCAGCGGAGUCUAUCACAUUUACAUUGGAGACAUUAGAGAACCCACCAAGGUCUUCUGUGAUAUGGAGAACGACGGAGGAGGCUGGACAGUGUUUCAGCGCAGAAUCAACGGCAGCGUCGAUUUUCAACGAGGCUGGAAGGAGUACAAAAUGGGCUUUGGUGAUCCUGGUGGAGAGCACUGGUUGGGGAAUGAAGCUGUGCACCUGAUCACCAGUCACUCCCAGUACUCCCUCAGAGUGGAGCUGAGAGACUGGGAGGGGAACACUCCAUACUCACUCUACGAGAAAUUUCAACUGGCCGGCGAAAAGCAGCAGUACAGACUCCUGCUGAAGGGCUACAGUGGCACGGCCGGACACCAGAGCAGCCUGGCAUCGCACAGCACCAGCUUCAGCACCCGAGACGCCGAUAAUGACAACUGCCUCUGCAAGUGUGCGCUGAUGCUGACUGGAGGUUGGUGGUUUGACGCAUGCGGCCUCUCCAACCUGAAUGGCAUGUACUACACUUUGGGUCAAAACAUCCGGAAGCUCAACGGCAUCAAGUGGCACCACUUCCGCGGACCCAGCUACUCCCUAAAAUCCACAACCAUGAUGAUCCGGCCAGCUGAUUUCUGAAGCAGCGAACUUCCUGCAGUCGAAGCAGAAUCUCAAGCCAGCAUUGCGUGGACAACCCUGCAUCAAUCUGACUGGGAUAAACAUUUGAGGUCUUUGACAACAAACAGUCUGUUACUUACUGGAUGACUGAUCUUCUCUAAAGCAGAAAGCGUAGUUAUCAGACUGAUAUUACAAACAUAUCUCUGUGCUCUCUCUCUCUCUCUCUCUCUCUCUCUCUCUCUCUCUCUCUCUCUCUCUCUCUCUCUCUCUCUCUCUCUCUCUCUCUCUCCUGGCUGAUGAUCUCACCCAAAAUGUGCUGCCAGCUGAACUUUCCGCUGCUGUCUUAUAGUGCCUAUGAGGUCAGGAACCGUCAUUGUUAUGACAACAUCCAAAAAAAAACUUUGGUGGAAGAAGUCUGAACUCUUUUGAGCCAUGGAGAAGAUGCUCAUGAAGCCACCUGUACUCAAGGACUACGGGGGAGAACAGAGCUUACUGCAUUCAUGUCUCUACAGACAAUCUAGAACCUAUUAGGGCUGCUUUAUGCACGGACACUCUGAGAAAGGUCUGGUGGGUCUUUACAUGUAUGAUGUUUUAUCACAUUUGCUGAAGAUGGUGAAGGUUCGUGUUGCUUUCUUUAACCAGUGCUCAUAUGAACUGGAUGGAUGAAUGCUCCACAUCUCUUUCUGAUAUAAUCAUGCUUAAGGAGUUGGUCUAAUUCAGUGAUUGUGUAUUUGUUUGUGGGAAAAACGAUGUAGUGGGAAGCGAAAUCAUCUUAAAUCUAGUUGAAAUAACUGAUAUUUAUCAUUUUGAGAUUGUUGUAAGGGCAUUUCUCAUGCCUAUGCAUUUAUUUCAUUUGCUUAUUUUACAGUCAAAAUGGCCAUUAAG